AUGCUAUUUAUGAGCGGCAGCGCGAGCCUUGCCCUAGAGCCAUUGCGUGGUGUAGGCCGAGCACAUGUUCGCACUCAAACAGUGCCGAGCGUUGCAACAAGAAGCUGCUCUUCAGGUUCGUCCCCGUCGACUCCCCUUGUCUUAUCGUGUGCGGCCUCGUUCCUUUUCACAGGAGCAUCUUCUGCGGGCCAGAGUUGGCUUUUCAAAUUCGCGAAGUCGAGAAGACGCGCAGAGAGGGCCGCGCAGGAGGAUGAGUACUGGGAACUCAGUGACGAGGAGAGGGCACGACUUGCCGAGGAGAUGGACACCAAUGCACCCUACAGGUAUCUACUGCUCUUUCUUGCUGCGCUACUUGUUGGCAAGGCAUUGCCGGAUGCAGUCUUCUCUUACUUGAAAAACUUGGCUGGCAUCCGUGGUGCUAUCUUGGACCCUCAGAUGCUAGCCUUCGAUGCUCUGCUAUGCGGGCUCGGGGUAGGCUUGGCAUAUGCGGCUCUAACUUUGUUAGGUCCGCCUGAGAUUCCAGCUCCACAAGCUUCAACGAGCAGAGCCAGGUCAUCACCGGAGCAUGAAGAUACUGCCUAA